AUGAAUGAAGUCAUUUGUAUUGUCAAAUUACAACAUCGAAAUCUUGUCAACCUUUUGGGUUGCUGCAGGGAAGAAAAGAUGUUGAUCUAUGAAUACAUGCCUAAUAAAAGUUUGGACUUCUUCAUAUUUGAUCAAACAAGAAAAAAGUUACUUGACUGGCAAAAACGCUUUAACAUAAUCAAUGGAAUUGCUCGAGGGUUAUUGUAUCUCCAUCAAGAUUCUCGACUAAGAAUUAUCCAUAGAGACCUCAAGAGUAGCAAUGUUUUGCUUGAUAUUGACUUAAAUCCAAAAAUAUCCGACUUUGGUUUGGCUAGAAGUUUAGUAGGAAACGCAACUGGAGAUAAUACAAAACGAGUUGCUGGAACACAUGGGUAUAUAUCUCCGGAAUAUGCAACACAUGGGAUCUUCUCAAUUAAAUCAGAUGUGUUUAGUUUUGGUGUUUUAGUACUAGAGAUUGUUAGCGGCAAGAGAAAUAACGAAUUUUCAAAUGAAGAUCAAUACGAGACACUUCCUGGACAUGCUUGGAAGCUUUAUAAAGAAGGAGAAUCACUCAAACUCGUUGAUGAGCAUAUAUUUGAUUCAUAUGAUGUCGCUCAAGUUUUAAGGUCAAUCCAUAUUGGUCUUUUAUGUGUGCAACAAUCUUCAGAAGAUAGACCAAACAUGUCUUAUAUUAUUCAAAUGCUGGUUAAUGACGCUGUGUUGCCUCCACCUAAAGUGCCUGGCUUCUUCGUUGGCAGAAGGGCUGUUUUUAACUCUGAGAGUUCUUCAGCCAAACAUGCAACAAGUUCCCUUAAUGAAGUCACAAUGUCAUCACUGGAUCCUCGUUGA